GCUUCGCUGCUGCGUAUUGUCCAGUAUCCAACUAAAUGUAUAGUCGCCUGACAUCCCACACCCCUGACGAGGCGCAAGCGCUUGUUUCUUCAAAUAUGUAACCUAGAUCUCGGGAUGGAGAACUCAGGAGUAUACUUAGGGUUGGAUUGGGACUAGGCGAUGUAAAUUAGUAAAGAUCUUUUUUGAUUAGCUGUGGUGUUUGCUUUGCGCUUUUAAUCACAGCAGUUCUGAAAAGUAACGAUUGCCCAAACGAUUGCUGAUCAUCUCAUCUUACAUUUCAUCUUGAGCAACUAGAACAUAAUUUAUAAGGAAUGCAGCAAUGCCAUAUUAUAAUGCAUAAAUUAAGUGAAACUGAGACGGACUAAUCAAACAUCAUCACCUGCAUAUUGUGCUUAUAGAUGCAGACCCACUUCCUUGUUUAAAAUAGAGGAAAAGUCCUAGUAAUAAAAUGCGGCGCACAAAGGCUUUUAUUGUUAUAAUGUUCACUAGCUCGUUCCUCAUAAUCUUUUAUUCAAUGUUUAAUCCGCAGUUUAUGAACAGUCAGACACUAUCUGAGGAAAUAGAAUUAGCUACUGUCAUAAAUGAAGUUCCAGUGGUCAGCACUAACAUUGUCAUUAACAAAAAUGUGAGCACUGAAAAAAAGAAACGCACCAGAACUGAAGGAGUUCAGCCAGUCACAUUUUCUGCGAGCUUUAGAGAGUUUAUUCCACAAAACAGUGCUUUCUGGAACAGGAAACUUCACUCCUUGCUCAGGCAACAGGCUAAAGCAAAUGCCAGUGGACACGUCCGACCAAACUCCCACUGCCAGCCUGAAAGUUCAGAGUCCCUGUAUAUGAACAUCCCUGAUUACAGAGAAUACCCUGAGCUGUACCAGGACUUUGUGCGAGGAAUGGAAUGUCGGAAUCCACGGAUAAUAAUUGACCAGCCAAAGAAGUGUGCCUCAGUCGGUAAGGUUUUCCUUCUGUUUGCUAUCAAAUCCGUGCCCAGGCAUUUUGAGAGACGCCAGGCUGUCCGAGAAACCUGGGGCAAAGAGAAGACGUACCCUGGAGGGCUGGUAGUGAAAACGGUUUUUCUUUUAGGCACUUCAUCCAUGGAUUCUCCUAAUCUGGAUAACCUGGUCACUUUUGAGGCUAAAGUAUUUGGGGAUAUACUUGUUUGGGAUUUCCAAGACUCUUUUUUCAAUUUGACCCUCAAAGAACAUGUCUUCUUCAAAUGGGCUCUGCAUAACUGUCACCACGUGUCCUUCAUUUUUAAAGGAGAUGAUGAUAUUUUUGCAAACACACCAGCAAUACUUCAUUAUCUGCAAUCACUUGAACCUGAAAAAGCUUCAAAAAUGUACAUUGGUCAAGUAAUCUUUAAUGCCACCCCAUUAAGAAAUGUCAAUAACAAAUAUUAUGUCCCCAAGACAUUCUAUGAAGGUGCUUACCCAGCCUAUGCUGGUGGAGGGGGGUUUCUCUUCCCUGGAGCACUUCUCCAACCUCUGUAUCUCAUCUCCCAGUACAUUCCAUUUUUCCCUAUUGAUGAUGUUUACACAGGAAUGUGUUUUAAGGCCCUGAACAUCUCCCCUGAAAAACAUAAUGGCUUCCAGACUUUUGACAUACGUGAGGAGGACAGGAGCAAUGCAUGUGUGUACAAGGACCUGCUAUUGGUGCAUAGGCGAAGCCCCGAGCAAAAUAUCAGACUGUGGAGGAACAUGCACAGUCCCCUCCUUACAUGCUAACUUCAUCCUGGAUCCCACAAUCUCUGUUACAAUCCCUGUCUCUCAUUCUGUGAGGUUGUCUCAAGAACUGAUUUACAGGUUGUUGCGUUUUUUGGGGGUGUUUUUUUUUUCCAAUAAUUGCAUAAUUAUAUAUUACAUAAGUGCCAUUUAGUAAGUAUAGAUAAAAACAGAAUAUGCCCCUGUAACGUUGCCCGAGUGCCGCAGGACGUAGAACAGAACGUACAGAUUCCCUCGAUUUUGUGGAACAUAUAAUGACAUUUAAACAUGUAAGACAAUAGUGGCACUCACACAUAACAGUAACAGCGAACAUAAACACACUUAACACUAACAUGGGCUACACUAACAUGGACACUAACAUUACGCUGACAAACAAACAAUGACCAACAGGGAGGGACACACUGACAGGGAUUUAAAUAGACUAACAAAACACUAAAGAUUAACCCCGUACAGGGGCAUGCCAUCAUGGGGGUGUGGCUACAAACAGGAGUGAACCCCCGGAA